AUGGUUACAAACAAAAAGAAAAGCAAAGCCUUCUCGCUCGUUCAGCAGCCGCCAAUCGCCCCGGACACCAACAUCUUGGACCUUGACUACUUUGCCGCAAUCCAGCCCUUGCAACAAAAGAUGUCAGUCAGGUCGAUUGUUGAGCUCGUUGCAAACGUCGUCCUAGCAUUUGACGACCUUGUGGAGACAAUGCGGCUCUUUGGUGACAAUGCCUACAAGUUGCCUCACAUGGGAAAAGAAAAACUGGCCCACAAAGGACAACUACCUCAAAACAUGCAGUAUCCGCUGGAUGUGUACCUUGCUUGCAAGAAGAAGCUGGCCGCGCAGGAUGCUGUAGCCAUGGAACGAGCGGUGUCGGCGGAGGUCGAAGAGGCGAGGUGCCACGACGAGCUGGACCGACAGCAUGAGUACAUUGCCCAAAGCGACAGUGAUGCGACGGACGAUAUCAUCUCUGCAAUGGCCGAAGUAGGCAUAGAACCAAUACGCAUAAACAUGGACAGUUGA